AUGUCUUAUCGGAGUAGCUCACAGGCUCUCCAUCGGAGCAAUAGAAGAAAUGUUCAACACAAACCUCUAGGAAAAACAGCAAAACAUGUGAUGGAAAUGACUAGUGGAAAUGAAAGUGAUGAUGGGGGAAGAGAUGUUAUACGUUCCAUGUUUGCACUCCUUAAACACAGAAAGCAAUGGCUGGAUCGGAAAUUUAGAACAGAACCCUUGAAUCAAUUACUGAAUUUAAUUGCCAACAUGAAAGACGAAGAUAUGAAAUUAGACGGACCUAAUGAAUCCUACUACGCUUUCCUUUUUGAACAAGUUUGUUUGAAACAUCUGGAUGAAUUAGAAUUUUCUGUUGGAACAAGUGAAACAUCAAGCAUGUUCAGAAAAGCUUUGGAUAACAAUUUAUUGAAAUUCAAAACUAUUACUGUUUAUGUGCCCAAAACAGUGAAAGGGAUUUUGAAAUGGCUUGGAAUUGGACUUAUAUUGUCAUUAAUCUAUUCUCUGAUUAUGUAUUGGAAAGUUAGUUUGAGGAGAAGUCAUUAUCAAUCGUACAAGUUGGUGAAUGGGAAUAGCACGCCUUCUCUUGGAAACAUUCAAGUUUCAACAAAGCAAUAUGUCUCUCCAAUGAGAGGCAUUGUCAAUCUUGGUUUGUGA